AUGUCGAAGCCUAUCUCUUUUGGCUUCGGCAAGCCCAAGAGCUCGACAUUUGCGCAGAAGAUACCUACUCCAGCUCGUAGACCAGCAGCCUCCCACCGCUCAUCGAAAGCGACGCUCGGUCAUGAUUCGGAUCAGGAAGAUGAGAAAGAGCCGAGACACGAGUCAGUCACCGGCUUCUCAUCAAGCGGUGCCAUUCUAAGCAAGCCUCUACAGGAACCAAAAGAGCGUGUCAUAGAGAAUGUGGGCAACGGGGAUUGGCGCAAACGUGGACGCAAAAACCUCCUACCAUCGGAAGUCCAGGCACAACAGGAGAAUGGCAGCGCUCUCAGGGUCGAAACGGUUGAAGUAAGCAAGGCAAGUGGGCUACAAUUCGCACCAGAGACGGCCGAAGAAGAAACAAACGGGUACAACGAUCAAUCGCACCGAGACGAAGCACAAAGCCCUCCACGAAAACUGACCGCAGACGAGGAAGCCCUGAACGCGUUGCUGGAUGAUGGAUCAGGAAAGCUGAAAUCAACUGCUGUCAUCAUACAGCAAGGCAACACCAGACUCAGUUCACGAGACGAGACAGAGGAGUUUAGAGAUGAUGUGGCGUCAAGACCUGAAUCGAGCACCCUUGAAGAUUACGCUGCAAUGCCCGUGGAAGAAUUCGGCAUGGCUAUGCUUAGAGGUAUGGGAAAGAAGCGGCGCGCCAAUGGAGAAGUGAUCGACCUCAAUCCCAAAGCAGAAGACUCCCGUAAGGCGCGCAAACAAGAAGGCUUUCUUGGUAUUGGAGCAAAAGCUGCUCCGGGUACUGGUGUCGAGCUGGGGGCAUGGGGAAAGGCUGACAUGAGGAAAAAUAAUAAGGGCGAGGGUUUCUUCACCCCGUUGAUGCGGGAAAACAAAGCCACGGGCGAGAGGAUCACCGAAGUAGAAUUGCAGAAGAAGAUCAAAGAAUCCAAAGGAGACAUGAAGGAAGAGGACUGGAGGGAACGACGUGACCGAAAUCUGGAAAACAGCCAGCGGGACCGAGAUCGAGAUCGAGAACGCCUUCCAACAAAUGGUAGCAGCAGCUACCGAGAUGAAAUGAACUCCUUCUCUCGGACCUCGAAAAGGGAUAAAGAUGAUCGUGAUCAUGAACGUUCUCGAUCUACGCGAGACCGGAGUAGAUCGAAGGAACGGAGGCGGCGUGACGACGAUGACCAUGACAGCCGUCAUCGCGAUCGGCGAAAAGACCGUUAUCGAGACGAUGAACGAUAUGAUUCUAGUUCUUCUCGUCGCAGUCACCGCGAUUAUGACAGGGACAGCGAUAGGAGUGGUCGACGGCAUAGAGAUCGAAGAUGA